UCAAACGCUCUGAAAACGUUGGACAAGCAGCAUCGGAUAUUUUUACUUGCAACUGCAACGAAUAUUGCUGAGAUACCACCUAGAGAAUCUGCUAAGGAAAUCAGCACCGGACUUUGUGUUUUAUACCGAGACUUAUCGAUUAUAAAAUGCCGCGCUACCAGAAACUCAUCAACGAAUGCGACAGCAAGCCUGCGAAAAAUGCGGGACAACAAGAGCAACAACAACAUUGCUAUCAGCAGCAGCCAAAAGGGACGCCCAAUGUGGGAUAUCACCUGUAUCUGUACCGCCAGCAACUUUCUCAGAAGAAUGUGGAGUACAUGAGGUUGUCCAAGGCCAAGUACUUUAUCACCGACACACUGCUGGCCAAAACGGUUCGGAAUUUGAAAGGAUACAGCGCCGACGAGUUGAAGACUGUUAACCAUCAGAUCGUCUUUCGGCAUAAACUUCGUCGCCAGAUUCAGCGGCUUCGCAAGUUAAGAAGUCUGGGCAUCAAGAAUGCCAAUCCCAAAAUGGAGAGUACGGAAUUGUGAUAGUGAUAAAUAUACACAGGAUCGUCGGAGGAAAGACUAUUUUACCGCAUAGUACAAAAAAUAUCUCUAAUACCUCUUACGUUUUUGGAAAUCUCUAAAAGAUAUUACUUUGUGUAAAUUAUUCAAGAGAUUGUAACGUAUAUUUUGUCAUUUGCUUAAGUGAAGGGAUGCAUAAAUUUAUAAAAUUGUAUGGCCCAAAAAACAUAUCAAUAAGCACUGAUUAUAAUUAGUGUGUAUUUGGUCUGCACUAAUAACAUUAUUGAUUAAUUAAUUUAAUGACGUUUGUGAGCACAGUG